AUGUCCGAAGCCUACAAAAACACCUCUCUCAACGAAAUCGCCCACAAAGCAGAACAAGAUGUAAACAGUCACGCUGCUAAGCACGGUCAUGUAUAUGGUGAUUCGACAAUCGAAUCCGGCAUCGACUCCGCCACCGUCGAAACUAAAUUCCCGGGCGCAACCGCUACAUACGGGUCUGCGGCUAGCGGUGCGGGUAAUAACCGCGACAUCCCACCCGAGGAAGGUGGGGAUGUGCGUAGGGGAGGCGAAGUAACGAAGGCGAGGGAUUUUGCGCAAGGGGGUGUAGGUGCGCCCGAAAGGAGGGAUGAGACGUUUGCGCGGACGCAUGGCGGGGAUGAUUCGGUGAGGGAUAAUAUUAGGAAUUGA